GAUGUGUCACUUCCGGCGCGACGGCGACAUGGGAGAGGAAAGCACAGAACCGUGUCAAAGGGAAAUGAGAAGAUGGGAAUCAUAACAGAGACCAGUACAGAGUGAAGGGAGGAAUGGAACAGCGGAACAACCGAGAAAAUGUUAUGGUUUUUAUUGGAGUGAUGAGGGAUAAGGUGCCAUCAGGCUUUACAGGCAUGGUAGAAGAAAACCCUUAUUUAUUACAAUAAAAGAUGUGUGACAGAUCUGGUAUCCUCCACUUCAGAUUGGACAAUCAUGGUGACCGUAUGCUAGACAGAAUGAAUGUCCUGCGCCAGCAAAAUAAAUUUUGUGAUGUAACGGUGCACAUAGAUGAUGUGGAUGUGCCAGGACACAGGGUGGUGUUUGCUGCCGGCUCACCUUACCUGAGAGAUCAGUUCUUGCUCAGUGAUUCCCAGGAGGUACACAUUUCGAUUUUGCAGAAUUCGCAAGCUGGCAAACAGUUGCUCCUUUCAUGUUACACUGGAGUCCUUGAGUUCCCAGAGAUGGAACUUGUCAAUUACCUGACUGCUGCUAGCUUCUUGCAGAUGAGUCAUGUGGUGGAGAGGUGCACACAGGCUCUGUGGAAAUUCAUCAAACCCAGACAGGCUGCAGAGAGAAAUGAAGUGGAGAGAAAUAAAGUACAGCACACCAUAGAACAAGACGAAGAUGCUGAGGGAAACUUGCAUCCAGAUUCACCACCUGGCCACCAAUCUGAAGACAGCAUGGAUAAUGAUGAUAUCCAGAUUGUUAAAAUUGAGUCUAUUGGUGAUGUAUCCAGUGAUAAAACCAAAAUCUGCCAGAGCCCGUUUACGUCUCCUGAACAAACAGCAUUACACUCGCUGGAGCCACAACACUCUCUAAUUAACUCCACCGUGGAAAACAGAGCUGGGGAGACAGAUGGCAACCCUCUGCACAGCUACACUAUGUCUGAUAACAGUAGUGAUAACAUGGGACCAUCAGCAAGGGAACUGUUUGGGUCUCAUAACAGGAUCUUGGACAAAACCCUACAGUGGCAUCACCAGUGCCCCAAGUGCACCCGUGUUUUUAGGCAUUUGGAAAACUAUGCCAACCAUUUAAAAAUGCACAAACUAUUUAUGUGCCUGCUGUGUGGCAAAACAUUUACACAGAAGGGUAACCUCCAUAGGCACAUGCGUGUUCAUGCAGGUAUCAAACCCUUCCAGUGCAAGAUAUGUGGGAAAACAUUUUCACAAAAGUGUUCCCUGCAGGACCAUCUUAACUUACACAGCGGGGAUAAGCCUCACAAAUGCAACUACUGUGACAUGGUCUUUGCACAUAAACCUGUUCUGCGGAAACAUCUGAAACAACUGCACGGUAAAAACAGCUUUGACAAUGCCCAUGAAAGGAACAGCCAAGAUAUUAGUCUGGACUUUGAUGCAUUUACAGGCACCCAUGAAGGAAAUGAUAUUAUAACACAGAAUCUACACAAAUGAAAUGCUUGUAAAAUAAAAUCUGGUUUUAAGCCUUUAAAAUUGCAAUCAUGCACUAAUGUUAAACUGUGGGACUUGUGACAGACAAGUCAAGGUGUGUCCAGUAUAUUUAUAGUUACAUUUCUAGGAGGUCAGUGUGUCAGGAGAGAGUAGGUGAGUUGGAGAGAAGCUAAGGCAAUUUAAUACCGAUGAAUGAACAGAUGUGCUUCACAGGGAGCCACUAACUUUUGCUUUCAGCUCCCAAAUAUCAGUUGGUAGAUUGCAUAUAUUGUUUAACUGGGAUUGUUUCUUUAAAAUGUGUAGUGAUAUUGAAAGGUUGAAAGUUUCAGCUCUCUAGCUCUCCUCCAAGGUAGUGAAUAAACCCCAGAGUUUGUUCAUGUUUGUCCUCAGCUAUACUAAACAGUGCAUGUUAUCUGUUCCACAGGCAGCCUUUUCACUAACACUGAUUUUAGGUCA